UAUUAUUAAACCCUGUAGCUGAUUCGAAGCCUAAACAUAAUGAGAGUAACAUCCGUUUUUCCCCUUUUAUUUCUUGCUUUGUGGCGGAUUUCCGCUGUCUCUGACGUCAAGUCCGCUAGGCAGUUUAGUCAAGUUUGAGUUUUGACGUUUAGUAACUUGAUGAAUCUUGCUCAUUGACGUCCAUUCCCCUGGACCGCACGGUUGUCUGCGGAGCGCUCUGCCAAUCAACCGUGCCAGCAACAAGAAUUUGUAAAGUGGAAGUGAAUCUUUAGAAAUGAGUGAAUCCAACUUAAAUACAGUGCAAGGUGAAGUGGAGGCGACCGAAGUAGAACCAGCCCCAGGGCCAAGCAAGGGUCGCCCUGACUCCUCGGAUUCUUCUACGGAAAGUUCAUCAACAACUUCAUCCGAUUCCUCCGGCUCGGAUCGAAAGAAAAGGAGGAAGAAAAAGUCGAGGCGUACAAAGCGCCGCCGCCACGACCUGUUGGAGAAACUGGCUAAAGAGGUUAGUGAAUUGCGUAAUCAAGUGCAGUACCGUAGCGAUCAGUGCAAUUAUGAACAGUCUUGCCCGGAAGUUGAUUUAAAUAUUAGUGGGGACUUAUAUAACGACUCGAACGCCCAGUGCAAUGACGAAAACUCCCAGGCAGAUUUUAAUCUGAAUCUAGGCACUUCCCUCAAACAGCCAGCAAUACCUAAAACGUCCGAUGAGUAUUUAACGUUGUUACUCCAAGUGCAAAGAUUUAAUAACAGUGAAUGGUCGGAGAUUAGAUACGCUGAAGCACAAAAAAGCUACAGUACUGCACCGGGUUACACAGAGCUCGAUACAAACGAGGAAGUGCGUGCUUAUGAUACUGCCCGUAACCUGGCUUUUGCCGAAAAAAGUUAUGCUGCUCUGACAAUGGCCUUGCUAAAGCAACAAACUGCCCUGCAAGAAGGUAUACGCAGUUUCCUAUCCUGGGUGCGCAACCCAGAGAAUUUAUCGUACGAUAAAAUCAACGAAAAAAUUGUUGAAACUUUUACUGGUGGUGAAUACUCAAAAAUAUCAAAUGAUCUUCUUCAAAUGGUGUGCGGCCACAGAGCGGACAUGGUGGAGCAAAGAAGGGAGCUCAUUCUGUCCUCCGUGAAAGACCCGCUCAUUAAAAGUAACCUGCGCAAGGUUCCUCCUUCUUGUAAAUACCUGUUCGAUUCUGAACAAUUUACACUAGCCCUGGAAAAGGCCGGAGGAGUAAGGAAAUCCUUUUGGCCUAAGCAAACAAACAAACCGGCUGCGCAAGCUGGUAAUUAUGAAUAUUCUAGAAACCCCGCGCAGGGGAUUAAUUGCAACAAGCCUAACGGUGCUAAAAACAAAGCUCCCGCGCAGGGAUGCUCUCACUGGCCAAAUAACAACAGGUCCCAAAGCCACUUUUACACAAACAGCUCUGCGCAAGGGCCUAGCAACUCUAAUGCUAAUCACAGACCCUCCACCUCAAACAUAAAACCAAACAACUAUCGCGAAGGGAGGGGGGGGCACUAUAACAACAAGCAGCAGCGACCCCGUAAACGACAGGCAUCGCCUUCGUUUCGAUCAAAAAAUAAACGUUACAAAUACUGACUCGAGGCCUUUUCGGGCGGGCCAACUGAAACAUUUUGUACAUACAUGGGCCAAGCUGGGCGCACCAGCACGACUUCUGAAAAUGAUAGAAGGGUACCGCAUUCCAUUCUCUCGCAAACCGCCAUUGAUACAUCCGCAUCACACAAAUCACAUUCAUACACCUCCUUCAGAAGAAAUGUCCCACCUAAUAUCACAAAUGAAAAAAGAAAAUGUACUACAGCCGGUACCAAGCUCACCCAGCUUUCUUUCAACAAUGUUUCUAAGACCCAAGCCCGACGGAUCACUACGACCGAUUUUCAACCUGAAGAAUCUGAACAAAUUCGUGUGUACGCCACAGUUUCGACUGGUGAAUAUGCACAAAGUUCCAGAAUUCCUACAAAAACAGGACUGGAUGGGAAAAAUCGAUAUUUCCCAGGCCUAUUUCCACGUGGCAAUAGCUCAAAGCCACAGAUGCUUUUUAAGGCUCAUAUAUCGCAACGAACUGCUGGAAAUGACGUGCCUACCUUUCGGCCUCAGCUCGGCGCCAUCAGCCUAUGCCUCCAUAACCGCAUGGAUAGCACAGCUCCUGCGAGACGAGGGCAUAAGGACACUGGUCUACCUGGACGACUUCCUCUUGGUCCACCAAGACCCGACCACCCUGAGCCAGCACUUGGACUACGCGGUCCAACUGUUGAACCAACUGGGUUGGCAAAUAAAUCGAGCGAAGUCAAUCCUGAAACCUCAAAGAACCCUAGAGUUCCUGGGAAUCAUUUGGAAUCCAUGGUCCAACACAAAAACCCUACCGGACAAAAAGACUGCCAAAAUAAAAUCCAGUAUAAAUCAAAUUCUAUCCUCAGGGCAAGCCAGCUUCUCAGAAAUUCAAUCUCUAGUCGGCCUACUGAACUUUUCGAGCUUCGCUGUUCCGAGGGGCAGAUUGAAUUUUCGUCACAUACAAUCAUUCAACCACAAUCUGCCAGAAAUAGCGCAAAAAUUCAAUGUACCAAUUCUCGCCAAAACAGAAAUGAAAUGGUGGCUCAAAAAUUGUUACCAAUCAACAGCCAUACACAUAGCGCCACCGUCUCACUUCCUGACGACCGACGCGUCGGACAUAGCCUGGGGGGCACGGCUGGACAAUACCAAUAUACAGGGCCUGUGGAGACCGCACGAAAGAGACCUUCACUGCAAUCAAAAAGAGUUACUCGCAGUCCACAAGGCAAUAGAACGAAUGCGAACGACAUUAGCCAACAAAACUGUAAUGCUACAAACCGACAACAGAACAGUCAUCGCAUACAUUCGAAACGAAGGAGGAACAAGGUCUCAGGCACUGAUGACCUUAACGUUCAACUUGUUUGCACUACUGGAUCGGUACAACAUAAAACUGACAACGUUCCAUAUUCC